AUGGGGGUAGGUUUACGCAGAGAUAUCCCAGAUGAGGAAAAGGAACUAGCUAAAAAGGCUGUAAAUGCUACUUUAGAGAAACAAGAACAACGAAGAAUAAAAAAGGAGAAGCUCAACCUAAGGACCAGUGCUGAACAUAUUUCUAUUCUCGAUUCCGAAUCAAUAUCACAAUUGGCUUAUCAGCCUUCCGAUAAGGAUAAUAUGGCGGUUUAUGAAGAGAUUCUGGAAUGGGUCACCAAUCUCUUUGGUAACGAUAUCCCACAUGAUAUUAUCGUUAAUACGGCAGAUAUAUUAAUACAAUCCAUAAAGGAAGAUGAAUUGGAAUCAGAUGGCUUUAUAGAAAAAAGGAGAGAAUCCAUUGAAAAGGACCUUGGCGUCAUUAUUGAAAAAUCUAAAUUCAUAGCAUUGAUAAAAAUGAUUCAAAAUAUAUCAGAUUAUCAUGGUACAGAAUCAAACAUCGAUGAUAGUAAAGCUGUCACAAUUCUGGCCAACGAAGAUUCUGAUGAGGAUUCAGCACCGCAAGACGAAGAAAUGUUACUAGACGAGGACGAGGAUGAAGACGAGAUUCCCGACGAUGUCGAAGAAAGUGAAAUCCCAACUAAAUCUCAAUUCACAGAUAUUAAUUUUUUUACUAAUAAAGAGGAAUUAUUAAUACUAAAUGGAAAUAAUGAUAUAGGGGAAAAGAGGAAAAUAAGCGAUCUUCCUGAGGAAACUAUUGGAUCUGAGGAAAGAAAGAAACUAAAAAUAGAAGAAGGAGAAUGGAGAAAAGAAAUAAUUAAUCUUGAUACACUUAAUUUCGAUCAAGGUUCAAAAUUAAUGACAGUGACCAAAGUUUCCCUUCCAGAAGGCUCAUUUAAAAGAGUCAAACCACACUAUGAAGAAAUACACAUACCAGCACCAUCUAAACCAACUCUUGAUUAUGACCUUAUUCCAAUAUCGGCUUUUCCAAAAUGGACCCAAAACGCUUUUCCAUCCAAUGAGACAGAAACGCUAAAUGCAAUACAAUCGAAGGUUUUCCCAGCUGCAUUUGAAAAUGAUUAUAAUCUUUUACUUUGUGCACCAACAGGUGCAGGGAAAACUAAUGUGGCUAUCCUGACGAUACUACGAAGUUUAUCAUCUUUCUACAACCCAAAUACAAAGAAAUUGGCCAUUGACAAGUUCAAAGCUGUUUUUAUUGCCCCAUUGAAGGCUCUAGUCCAAGAGCAAGUUAGAGAACUGCAAAGGAGACUUUCUUAUCUAGGUAUUAAAGUUGCAGAGUUAACAGGUGACUCAAGAUUAACCAGACAACAAAUAAACGAGACUCAUAUUUUAGUGUCUACUCCUGAGAAAUGGGAUGUUGUCACUAGGAAAUCCGAAGAUACUUCUUUCAUUCAAUUUGUAAGACUUAUAAUUAUUGAUGAAAUCCAUCUAUUGCAUGAUGAAAGAGGUCCUGUCAUCGAGGCUAUUGUUGCCAGAACGCUCUGGUCAAAUCAUUUGCAAACUUCUCCCAGAAUAAUAGGAAUUUCUGCGACUCUGCCGAAUUACAGAGACGUUGGUAGGUUCCUGCGAGCACCAAAGGAAGGGAUAUUUUAUUUUGACGCGUCUUUCAGACCAUGUCCACUGACGCAGCAAUUUUGUGGAAUCACUGAACAAAAUUCGUUAAAACGAUUAUCAGCUAUGAAUGAAGCCUGUUACGACAAAGUAUUAGAAACUGUAUCAGAAGGCCAUCAAGUAAUUGUUUUUGUACACUCUAGAAAGGAGACUGCCAGAACUGCAACCUGGCUAAAGGACCGUCUUCAUGAAACUGAUAAUAUUGAUAAACUAAGAAAAAGUGAUGCUGGUUCGAAAGAAAUCUUGAAGACAGAAUCAGAAAACAUUCAAGAUCCAAAUUUGAAAAAGCUUUUAACAUCAGGAAUUAGUAUACAUCAUGCAGGUCUGAGUAGAAAUGACCGAUCUCUCUCCGAGGAUUUAUUUGCAGAUGGGUUGAUUCAAGUUUUAGUAUCAACUGCAACACUAGCAUGGGGUGUGAACUUACCAGCACAUACUGUAAUAAUUAAGGGCACUGAGAUAUACUCGCCUGAGAAGGGUACGUGGCAGCAACUUUCACCCCAAGAUAUUCUUCAAAUGCUUGGAAGAGCUGGGAGGCCCCGUUAUGAUACACACGGUGAAGGUGUUAUAAUAACGAAUCAGACAGAUGUACAAUACUACCUAGCCGUUCUGAACCAACAAUUGCCUAUUGAAUCGCAGUUUGUUUCGCGUUUGGUGGAUAAUUUAAACGCAGAAGUAGUUUCUGGAUCAGUAAGAGACAUACACAAUGCCGUGACGUGGCUGAGUUAUACCUAUCUAUAUAUCCGGAUGUUGGAGUCACCCAUUUUGUAUAAAGUGGAGGAGUAUGAGAAAGAUACAUCAUUAGUGAAUUUCAGAGAAAAAAUUAUUCAUUCUGCUUUAACUAUUCUAAGUUCAGAAAAUCUUAUUGUUUAUGAUCCUAUAUCAGGGGCUGUGGAACCUACAGAACUUGGCCGCAUUGCAUCAUACUUUUACAUCAAACAUUCAUCGAUUGACGAAUAUAAUAGAGACCUUUCUGAACAUACUUCCCUUAUAGAUGUAUUCAGGAUAUUCUCGAUGUCUGAUGAAUUUAAGUAUGUAUCUAUCCGUCAAGAAGAGAAACGUGAACUGAAAGAACUUUUAGAGCGAGCACCAAUACCGAUCAAGGAAGAGGUUGAGGAUCCACUAGGAAAGAUUAACGUUCUAUUACAAUCGUACAUUUCUAAACUAAAAUUUGAAGGAUUUGCAUUAAAUUCGGAUAUGAUUUUUAUUCAACAAAAUGCAGGAAGACUCCUGAGAGCCAUGUACGAACUAUGCUUAAAGAGGGGUUGGUCAAGAUCAACCAAGAUGCUUCUUAACUUAUGCAAAUCAGUGGACAAAAGAAUAUGGUACACAAGCUCACCGUUAAGACAGUUUUCUAGCUGCCCUAUGGAAGUCAUAAAAAGAGCUGAAGCAUCCACUCUACCAUGGCAUGAUUAUUUGGCUUUCAAAACACCAGCUGAAGUAGGCAGGUCAAUAAGAUCGGAGAAAUAUGGUAAGCUGGUUUACGAUCUUCUGAGAAGAUUUCCUCAAAUAAAUUUGAGAUGCUCAAUUCAACCGAUUACACCUAGCCUGAUAAGAUUUGAUUUGGAACUUCUUCCAGAUUGGAUAUGGGACAGGAAAAUACACGGUAGAGGAGAAUCAUUUAUUAUUAUGCUGGAGGAUCUUGAUGGUAAUGAGAUGUUGUAUUCUGAUUCUGUAGUUAUUACGCCUGAAUUAAUAGGGGAAGAAAUAAUGCUAGACUUCUCUCUUCAAUUAACAGCUGCUCAGCAGAAGAAGUUACCACCAAAUCUGUACAUCAGUGUUAUAUCUGAGAAUUGGAUGCAUUGCGGAAAUCAGAUCCCAGUUAUAUUAGAGACUAUCCACCUCCCAAAGAAGUUUCCCGCUCCUACACAAUUACUGGAUGUGCCCCUUAUUCCAACCUCACACCUAGAAAAUGAUGCCUUUAGUAGCUUAUUUUCUUUCUCGAGCUUCAAUGCAAUCCAAAGUAAUGUAUUUGACCAAAUUUAUAAUACUGAUGAUAAUGUGUUGGUUUCAAGUGUCAAGGGUACCGGUAAAACAACACUAGCUGAAGUAGCAUUGCUGAACCACUGGAGACAAAAUAAAGGUAGAGCAUUAUAUAUUUGUCCUUCACAAGACCAAAUAAACAAGCUCUCAACAAAUUGGAGCCAAAAAUUCUCUGAAUUGGGUGAAGGAAAAGUAAUUAAUAAGUUAGGGUUUGAUUUAACAAUUAAUCUACGAGCCAUUGCCCAAAGUCAUGUGGUGUUAGCUACACCAGAACAAUUUAACAUAGUUUCAAGAAAAUGGAGACAAAGGAAAAAUAUUCAUCGGAUAGAAUUAGUUAUAUUCGAUGAUCUUCAUGAAAUUAGCCAUGGAACUGAGGGUGCAGUAUAUGAGGCAAUUAUUUCUAGGCUACUGUUUAUGUCCGCUCAAUUAGAGACGAGCCUGAGAAUCAUUGCCUUGUCGGCACCCCUUGCGAACGCAAGAGACAUGUCAGAAUGGCUGGGGGUGAAUAAGAUUAACAUUUUUAAUUUCUCACCUGAAGUAAGAAAUUAUCCACUGGAAGUUCAUCUCCAAUCGUUCCACGGUGCAGAAAAAACUUCAUUUACAACGCCAAUGUUAAAAUUAGCGUAUGAAACCGCCUUCAAAAGAAGAUUCAACGAUCCAUCAUCCAUUAUCUAUAUUUCAUCAGUGGAAGUAUUAAGGUCGGCCACAGAACAAAUAAUUUCUUUGUCCAAUAUCGAUGAUUGGGACAUGCUUAACAUGAGUGAAGGUGAGCUAUCUAAAUACGUCGAAAAAAUUUCAGAAACCAGAAUAAAAUCAUUAUUACUUCAUGGUAUUGGGGUAAUAUACGAAGAAAUGAAUGUGAAAGAUAAGAAAAUUAUUGAAACAUUAUAUGCUCAUGGAGUUCUUUCAUUUUUAUUGGUAACCAGACAAUGUUAUUCGUGUUGUCCUAAGUCAGACUUGGUCACUAUUUUGGGGACUCAAAUCUUUGAUGGUAGAUCACAUAGAUACGUCCAAUAUCCAGUUUCAGAACUUCUCGAAAUGGUUGGUUCUAUUAAACCCAAAUCCAAAUCUACAACAGCCAAAGUUUUAAUAUUGACGGACAAUAACAAGAAGAUUUAUUACAAGAAAUUUUUAUCGGAAUCAAUGCCUACAGAAAGUUUUGAAUACUUUUAUCUUCAUGACUUAUUUCUAAACGAAAUAGGCAAUAAAGUGUUGAGGAAUAAACAAGACUGUAUUGAUCUAAUAACGUACAGUUAUUUUUAUCGUCGUAUUCACGCAAAUCCCAGUUACUAUGGUGUUAAAGAUCUUUCUUCUGUUGGUAUCUCUGCAUAUUUGACCGAAAUUGUAGAAAAUGUUGUCAAAGACUUAGUUACGAGUUCUUUCAUUGAAGAAACUGAAACAAAUGAAAAAGAUGAAGUCUUAACUCCAUUAAAUGGGUGCCUAAUUGCAUCUCAUAACGAUAUUUCUUACCACACGCUAUAUCUAUUUAGUGAGUCACUAUCUAGCAGCUCUACUCUACAAGAUAUGCUGGAACUGCUCGCAGACGCAACUGAGUUUGAAAACAUACCUAUUAGACGAAAUGAUUUCAAUAUACUAAUGAAACUAAGUAGUAGAUUGCCGUUGAAGUUUAAUGGAGCUAAGCAGGAUAAUAGUACUUCGUUCAAGGUCUUUACUCUUCUUCAGUGCUAUUUUUCAAGGACGCCAAUACCUAUUGAAUUGAAACCAGACCUACAAGCCGUCUUACGUAAAGCAGUUAGGCUGGUCAAUGCUAUUAUAGAUAUUCUUUCCGGGAACGGUUAUCUUAAUGCAACGACUGCAAUGGAUAUUUCUCAAAUGCUAAUUCAAGCCGUUUGGGAUGUCGAUAAUCCCUUGAGGCAAAUUCCCCAUUUCGACGAAGACAUCCUAGAAAAAUGUGCUAAAAAGAAAAUUGAAACAGUUUAUGAUAUUAUGGCCUUAGAGGAUGACGAACGUGAGGAAAUAAUGACUAUGGCAAAUGAAAAACUAUUGGAUGUUGCCGCUUUUGUUAACAAUUACCCUAAUAUUGCAUUAAAUUAUCAAAUCGAUACUUCUGAAUCAAUUCACACUGGAGAAAUGAAGAAGGUUAAUGUACAACUAACAAGGGAUGAUGAGCCAGAGUCGUUAACUGUAGAAUCUCAAGAAUAUCCAUUUGAAAAGCUUGAAAACUGGUGGUUGGUUCUAGGGGAAAUUUCAACGAAAGACCUUUUGGCAAUAAGAAAAGUAUCGCUAUCAAAAGAGACCCAAACAUUCGAACUAGAUUUCUCGAUCGAGAAUCCAGGUCAGCAUAAUUUGACAAUCUGGUGUGUAUGUGAUUCGUAUCUUGAUGCCGACAAAGAAGUUUCUUUUGAUAUUGAGGUCAAAUAA